AUUAAUUUCCGUCCCAUCAACUAUGACAGACUUUACCUGUCAGACCUCAGAAGAUGAGACGUACGAUUGGCUGGAGGCCGAAGAGGCAGAGGAUCCGGAAUACGCAGAACAGCUACGACGCUAUUCCAUGUGGCUACAACCAAAGGCAGAGUCCCUUAUCCCACAGACGGCUUUCUGGAGCGCGUGCCGACGGGACUUGGCCGAUCGAUUGCAUUCAAUGCCUGUCAACAUUGCCAUUAUUGCAUUAGCUUCGCUGGACGCUCUGAUUUUGAUUUGCGUGAUGUUACUGGAAAUCGAAGCUUUAAAGCUUGAGCCAGGUGAAAAACAAACCAUAUUACAAGAAGCUCGGUUUGCUCUGGAAUGCGUCAGCGUUUGCAUUUUGUCCGUGUUCACGAUGGAAUUGACGCUCAAACUGAUUGCUGUUGGACCGAGACACUUCUUUACCCAAUGGCUAGAAGUGCUGGAUGCCUGUGUGACUAUCGUGAGCCUUGUUAUCGAUGCCGUUGUUAUUGCUGACCACGCGAUUCACAUGCAGAACUCACAUGGUGACUCCCACGAAUCUGGCCUCGGUAUUGGAAGAGGAGCUUUGGACGCAUUCGGCGCAGCUGCUGGUUUGUUAAUCGUGUUCCGACUGUGGAGGGUUGUACGAAUCGUAAG